UCUGCUGGACGAGAUGGCUUGUUUCUGUGCAUCACCUACACGCUGUGUUAAAUUCGUAAUCCUGUUGUUUUAUGUGACUUAUUGUUUGGACUGUGUUGGUGGCAAGUCGCUGGAGAAACAAAUCUUGGAUGCGGCACCAAGUGCGGGGAUGUUUGACCUCCUGCACUUGACACCUGAAGGAGAGGUCAUGGUCAUGACGGAAUUUGACCUUUUGCUGACAUGGAAGGAAUACAAGUCUCUUCACGCCAGAGAAAAACGAUCCAAGAGAAAAGCACUACGAGAUCUCGCCACCCGAUGGACCAACUGUUAUGUCUACUAUGAGAUCGAUUCAUCGAUCAGCGACAGUAUGAAAUUUAUCAGGCAGGCUAUGGACGAGUGGGAGAAAUACACAUGUUUGUCGUUUCGUCCAAGUACGACCAAUCAGAACCGUAUACAGUUCAGGGACGGGGGCGGGUGCUACUCACAGCUGGGCAUGCAGAACACGACCCAGCCUAUCGCCCUGGCCCCGGGCUGUCGCACCCCCGGGAUCAUCGCCCACGAGAUCGGGCACGCCAUUGGUUGGUUCCACGAACAAUCUCGACCUGACAGGGAUACAUACAUCAAGAUAAACUUAGAUUCAGUCCGUGAAGAAAGACAGCGCAAUUUUGACAAAUACGACGACAAUAUAAUUAACACUUACGGCAUUGAAUAUGACUAUACAAGCAUCAUGCAUUAUGGAGCUGACGGAUUCAACGCAUCUAUCACAACACUGGACCCCAGCUACCAAAAUAAAAUUGGACAAAGGGAAGGGUUUUCUUUCAAAGAUAUUAAGCUGGCUAACGUUAUGUACAAGUGUGCUGAGCUAAUGUGUACCAAACCAUUGUCCCCGUGUCCUUAUGGUGGCUUCGUGCUGUCCAGACCCCUCAAGGGUAGUGAAUCUUGCAAGUGUUGGUGCGACUCUGGAGAUGUCAACGACCCUCUGACCCUGUGCUCCCAAGUAAACAGAGCACCACCCGCCUACAAUCUUCAAACUGUGUCAGACCAACCUGUGGAGAAACUUUGCUACGACGUACGAGAAGACUGCGCUGACAUGAAAGAAAAAGGAAAGUGUAUGUCGGAUAUGGAAGUCAUGAUGGGUUUCUGUCGGAAAACCUGCAACUUCUGCGGGAAAGGCGGGAAACUGUGCAUGGACCACGAGAAAAGCUGCAAGCUGUUGGCGUCGGCAGGUUCCUGUCACAUUGAAGCACUAAAACAACUCUGCCCAAUGUCCUGUGGAUCGUGCAACCCUAGCCCUGCUUGUGAAAUUCAGCAAGAGAUGAUGGGUACAGGCAAACACGAAGCUUGAAUCAUGGAUUUGUAAGACGUUGUAUGAAAGUAUUCCGAAGCUAGAUAAACCCGUAAAAUUCCCUCAAGUAUUCCGAAGCUAGAUAAACCUGUAAAAUUCCCUCAAGUAUUCCGAAGCUAGAUAAACCUGUAAAAUUCCCUCAAGUAUUCCGAAGCUAGAUAAACCUGUAAAAUUCCCUCAAGUAUUCCGAAGCUAGAUAAACCUGUAAAAUUCCCUCAAGUAUUCCGAAGCUAGAUAAACCUGUAAAAUUCCCUCAAGUAUUCCGAAGCUAGAUAAACCUGUAAAAUUCCCUCAAGUAUUCCGAAGCUAGAUAAACCUGUAAAAUUCCCUCAAGUAUUCCGAAGCUAGAUAAACCUGUAAAAUUCCCUCAAGUAUUCCGAAGCUAGAUAAACCUGUAAAAUUCCCUCAAGUAUUCCGAAGCUAGAUAAACCUGUAAAAUUCCCUCAAGUAUUCCGAAGCUAGAUAAACCUGUAAAAUUCCCUCAAGUAUUCCGAAGCUAGAUAAACCUGUAAAAUUCCCUCAAGUAUUCCGAAGCUAGAUAAACCCGUAAAAUUCCCUCAAGUAUUCCGAAGCUAGAUAAACCCGUUAAAUUCCCUCAAGUAUUCCGAAGCUAGAUAAACCUGUAAAAUUCCCUCAAGAAUUCCGAAGCUAGAUAAACCUGUAAAAUUCCCUCAAGUAUUCCGAAGCUAGAUAAACCUGUAAAAUUCCCUCAAGUAUUCCGAAGCUAGAUAAACCUGUAAAAUUCCCUCAAGUAUUCCGAAGCUAGAUAAACCUGUAAAAUUCCCUCAAGUAUUCCGAAGCUAG